UCCUUUACUAUUAUUAUUAUUUUAUUGUUCCCGAGGUUUCUAAGCUGCUCCCGGGGCAGCCAUGACGCGCUGGGCUCGCAAGGGCGCCGCYGAGGGCGGCAGAGCGCUGGCUGCGACCCCCUGGGAGCAGAUGGUAACGGGCUCCGGCGGGGAGGCGCGGGCCGGCGGGAGCCGCGCGCAUCCCCCCCGGUUAAACCGGGAGCAGGAGAAGAAGAAGAAGAACAAGAAGAAAAAGGACUACGAGAACGCGGACGUCAACGGGUUCCUGGAGUACCUGGAGGCGGCGGGCGGCGGCGCGGCGCGGCCGGAGGCGGCCCGGGCCCUGCGCAAGGACGAGCGCCGCGAGGCGAGGCGGCUGCGGCGGCGGGAGGCGCGGAGCAGAGCCAUGGUGUGUUUCCACUGUAGAGAGUCYGGCCAUGGGAUGGCUGAUUGCCCAGCUGUACUCCAAAGUGAAGAUAUGGGUACAGGAAUCUGUUACCGCUGUGGAUCCACAGAGCAUGAAAUCACCAAGUGCAAAGCAAAAGUAGAUCCAGCUGUUGGACCAUUUCCAUAUGCAAAAUGUUUUAUCUGUGGUGAGAUGGGGCAUCUUUCAAGGUCGUGUCCAGAUAAUCCCAAAGGAUUAUAUGCUGAAGGUGGCUGCUGCAGACUUUGUGGCUCCGUGGAGCACUUCAGGAAAGACUGCCCAGAAAACCAGAACUCAGAUCAUGUUACGCUUGGGCGAUGGGCCAGUGGAAUGAGUGCAGAUUCUGAAGAUAUGAUAGAAACACCAAAGCUGCAAAAAACAAAAGUGAAAGGACCUAAAAUUGUUAAUUUCUGAAGGGGACUCUUGCACAGCAAGCUGCAGUAACCCUGCAUUGCUUCACUACAGAACAGUGACCACUGGAUUGCUGGAUCCAGCAAAUCUGCCACGCUGAUGCUGCUAAAUUUUCUUUUGUAUUCCUAAUUUGCCUCCCACACUUGCUCAGCUUAGUGAAAAGCUGGGGGCAACAGAUACGCAGCAGGCAGAUGCCUUGUUUUUCUGUGUUUAUGAGAAACACAACUCUCCCUYUCACUGCCAGCCCUCUGAAGAGGGAAAUCCCAACGCAGGGAUCUCGGUGUAAACACACAGGGCUUUCUCACAGGGCUGUUUGACCACUGGGUUCAGGUGACCAGUAGUGUGGCCUUAGGCGACUGCUUGCGUGUCAGAGAUGAAGGCAAGCAGGCUGCUGUUACCAACUUGUUCUACAUUUCUGUCUAAAAGAUCUUGUGUAUUUCCUGAGCACAGUUGUUGGGUUCUAAUUAGGUAGUUUGGACUUCUGGUUUUAGAAGGGAUUUCUUGCUCUUCAGGUGCAAGUGUGAACAGUUUGAUAGCAAAGGUGUCAGGCAAAUCCUACAGCCUCAAUAUACAGGCUGUCAUACAUGAUAGAUCAGCUCCAUCCGUGAGCUCAUUAAUGGCAGUGUGUGUGUCA